GACGCUUUUGGCUAUUAAUAAUAACAGCAAAUAUGACGCGACUCUCUUGACUGAAAGUGUAUAGUUAUGGCAAAAAAAAAAAAAACAAAAUAACUGAUCGCCUAAUUCAAGGUCGCCCCGUGAAGUAAUAAUGAAAAGCAACAGGUGGAAGUGAACUAAAAUUCGCAAGUGUCAAAUCAAGUGCCCCGAAAAAUACAACGAGCACUUGAGUAAUUCAAUUAAAUUACGCUCGACACAGGCACAUAUAUACAUAUGUAUGCACAUAUAUGUACACACCGAUAAGAUAAGCCAAAGUUUCGAAGAGGAGGUGGAGGAGGAGCAGCACAAAAAGGAGACUCCGGUUGCCACAAAACUCCGGUUGCCGUAAGAUGCCAUGGGCAAGUGCGUCUCCCGGCAGACGCCUCCGCUCCACGAAAUUGGAUCCCCGGCCGCGGAGCAUCAUCAAUCUGUAUUGACAAUCGCACUGUCCCGCGAAGAUUUGGCCCAGGCGCACAAAAUCUGGCAACAGUUGACAGCGAGUAAUGAAUACAUAGCAACCAAAGGCAGCCAGGAGGAAUCCCAGCAGCAGCAGGAAGAGCCCUUUUAUUACUCCAUAAGCCGUCGGCGGAAGCAACCGGAGCAGGCUGUGCUGCACAUCGAAUCCCUUUACAAUGGCGCCCCAGCGGAACCGCUGACAUCAUCAGCCAGCGAAACGGAGUACUCCACUUGCCAGGAAUUCCUGCUGCACGAACUGCUGCAGGCCAUCGUAACCGCUGAAGAGCAGGAGCAGGAGCAGACAUCCACAGCCACAUCCAUAGCCACAUCCAACAACCACAUCCUGACGCAGGCCAAAACCAGGCCAGAACCUCAAUUACCCGUCGAGAACAACGGCUGGCUGACGGUGGGACAGACGGAGAGCAAGAAGCAGGGCAGCAAGUCAAGUCGCCGCCACCACAAUGGCAACGGAAAUAGUAAUGGCAAUCCUUUGGAGGCGCAGGAUCAGGCGGUGCACACCAAAGGCACCGCCAUGUCCUUUGGCUUCCGCAAGAAGCUCAAUGGGACGCCCAAGAAGUUCAAGAAACUCCUCGAAGGCGGCGACAAAAGCGCAACUCGCACGGACACAAAGGACGACAAUGGAAAUGCAGCUGCUCCCGUUCACUUUGAGAAAGUAGGCGCCGCCGCUGUCCAGAAGACCGGCAACUUGGCGGCAGGUGCGGCUGGGGCACGUUUCGGAUAUCGUGGGGCGGUACCACGCCCCUCAUCUGCGGGUAUAACCGCGCCCAGCGAGGAAUCCGAAACGGAAUCAACGGCCAAUGCCCAGAACAACAACAACAAUAAUAACAACAACAAUCGGGGAACGGGAAGCGGUGGUCCGGUGUUAGUGAGCAAUUUGAAACGCCGCUCGAAGAGCGCACAUGCCGGCAGAUCCGGCGACGGGGAGCCCAAAAUAGCCCAGCCGAAAACGCUGACGUUCAACCUGAAUCAAAACACCACCAUCGAGUACCAGCGGCGGCAGUUCUUCGGCGAGAUAGCGGACGAAACGUCGGCCACGGCAUCCGGAUCUGGGUCGGGAUCGGGAUCGGGAUCGAAAGCGAUGCAGCCGCGCUAUAACUACAACAACCUGGCCAGCAUGCAUGCCAAUGUCAUAGUUCGCCCCACACCGCGACCCACUCCAGCCAGCUACGCGAAGUUCACCCUGCAGACGGUGAGCUUGCCCCGGCCGGAGUACCCGGUGGCCAUCAGCCUGACGGCCACGACCCCAACUACGCCGAGCAGCAGUGUACAGUCACCGGUGCCCGCCCAUUCGACAGGAGCCAGGGCCAAGGACAUAUCGACGAGCUCACGUCAACAUCCCUUGACCUCGGUGCAUGUCCAACCACAAGCACGACAUCUUGACCAGAAGAGCGUGAAGCAGCUGACAAACAACUCCACUCGUCGCGGAUUCUCCGGCAGUCGGGAGAUAAGUGCUGACUCAGGAAUAGCCAGCAUGGACAUGGCGUUGGACAGCAGUUCGGGCAGUUCGGUGGGUUCCAAGCGGAGUCGCAGCAGGCCGAGAAACCUCAAGAUGGUGAUGAGUGGACGGCACACUUUCGAGGUCCGCGAUGCCGACGAUCCGCCCUCCAGUGAGUCCAACUCCUUUGUGGAACCACUGGCCCUUCCCAAACUACCCACUGAUGGCAGUCAGAGUAUUCCUCUGCCACUUUUGGGUUUGGUACGAUCCAAUACGGUCUUGAGUCGAGAAACUUACGAAAGGCGGCAGGUUGAGAAUACUGGAUCCCAGGAUCAACAGGAUGGCAAUGGAGAUAAGCCAAAGACGAGUGUCUCCGAUGAGAGCGAGAGUGUGGAUGAGGAGAAGCUCUAUCUGGAUUCAUCCACCUCGGAGAAGAGUGCCAAACACCAGAGUCAGUCCUCGGUGGCCUCCACUUGGCAUCUGCAGGCGGGAGAGUCCCUGGCCGCCCAGGAUUGCAGCAGCAUGAGCAUGAGCAUCAGCAGCGAUACCCAGGCACCGGAGAAUCCCAGGGAUAACGACAAGGAGGAGGACAUGUCCUUGGGUCUGGACGAGAUCAGUCUCAUCAACACCGACAUGCAAUUCAGCACAAUCUCUUCGAUGACGGAAACUCCACCCAAAGUGGGUCAGGAGCCGCUGCUCAACCUCCAUCUGGUGGACAAUCGGGAGGCGGGCACCUCUCGUCCCCGCUCCUUCAACAACGCCCUCAAUGAGUCUAAGUUCGCCGAACUGGCUUUGGCCAGCAGCAGUUGCCUUCUGUUAGACGACGAGACUUCGCCCACUGAUAGUUUGGUUAGCAGCACCGAGGAUUCCGAGGAGGCGGGUGGCAAACUUCAGAAGCACAAAUUGAAUGAGGAACGCCAGCAGAAGGACAUCGAUGACAUCGACAUAGAUGAUAUUUCCCCGGUGCUCGAAUUGGAUUUGGAUCCACCGGGCAGUCGCAGUCCCAUUUCCCCGGGAACUCCAACUCACGCCUCCCAUUCGCUGUCUUUGGGUUCGGAUUGCGGCAAUCUGAUCGAUGAUGAAAUCGCCGAUCAGCCAGCUUUGAUUUGCAACAGUGAAGCCCAUGAACUGGCCACUGAUACCCCCACUUUGAUGGAAACGCUCACCCAUACACACACAGGAUCCUUGAGAUCCUUGAAGAGUCAGUCGAAGGCACGAACUGCUCUUCAGCAGGCAAUCGAAUUGAGUUUGAGGACUCCGGCGGCUGUUAGAAAGGCGGUGAUGGAUCGAGCUGAAUCCCUGGAUACUCUUUCCCCCUGUGAAUCCAUUUGCUCCGAUGACCUGAUGAUGGACUUCGACAUGAACAGCAGUGUGGACUCCAUCGAUCACAUGGCAAAUGCCACGGGUCGCAGUCGCAGUGGCUCGGAUCUGCACAAGAUCGGAAAAGGAAACCAGGACAUCGAUCCCAUGCAGGCGGAGACCGAAGCGGAACUUCUAUCCGAGUUGGAACGCAGGGGCAGCGAUGUGAUGAAGGAACUCAACACCUUGUUGAGGGAAAGGAGGCAGCGCGGUGGUCCAAGGGAGAGGAUAAGCGCCCAGCUGCCCGCACGAGCCACCAGAUUGCUGAACCGCUCGCGUCUACAGGACCCACAGCUCGCCGGCAACGAUUCCGAUAACAGUUUGAGGUCGAACCACAGUGGCGGAGCUUCGGCGGCCGCUGCUGCCAGGAAGAGAAGCACGGCCAACUCAAGGGCAUCCUCCGGCUCCACGGCCAGUCUGCCCCGCCAGCGGCAUCUGCAGCAGCAGCACCUGGGAUUGGGUGGAUCCGGAGCGGCAUCUGCAGCGGGAGCAGGCGGUGGAGCAAGUGCAUCACCGGGAACCACCAGUCACCGGUGCGGAGGCGAGCUGCACAGCUCGUCGGACGAUCUGAUGUUGUAUGACAAGUCCUUCCGCAAUGCGAUGAUCCAGGAUGUGCUGCAGUUCAAGAAGCAGCUGCUGCGAUUGCGGCGAAUACUCCAGGAGGAGCCAGAUUUUGAUUUAAAGCGGACGGAAACGCUCAAUCCUUUCGAGAACGACAACGUUCAGCUGUUCGCCGCCUGCGGAUUGGACAGCAAGCAGCUGAAUGACAUCGAUCUGGCCAGUCUCACUUCGUCCACGACGGAGGAUCCGCUUCAGGAGCUAUCCGAUCUACGUAGACAGGUGGUUUACCUUCAGGGUCAAGUGGACGAUCGUGAUCGGACCAUCCGCCUGCAGCGCGAUCUCAUCGAGCAACUGGAGGCCGAGAAGAGGCAGAAGGCUUCCAUUGGCGGCGGAGAUCCGGGCAAGGAGCUCAUCAGCAUGGCCACCCAAACGGAGCGGACACGACCACUUGCCAUUGGUGCCGAGGGUUUGUCCAGAAGUAAGCCCGAAUAUACCAGUUAUACCACGCACUUUCCGACGCUCCAACUGCACGAUUCCACGCUGGCAGCCACCACGAUAAUCCGCCAUCACCAGAGCAACCCGAGCAACCAGCAGCAGCUGCAGAGCAAGGAGAAAUCCUGCCCAGCUCUCAGCCAGACCCGCCGGCACACGAUCAUCUCCACCACGCUGACCAACUACAAUCAGCAGCUGGCGGCGGCUUUUCCCGAUACCCAAAGACGAUCCUCGAUCGGAUGGGAUACACCCGCCCCGAUGACCACGCCCAAUGGCAACGCCUACAAGCCGGUGAGGAUAACGCUAAUUGGCGAGGCACUGCCGCUGCAAAAUAAGUCAUCGACCGGAUCGCUAUCAUCAUCGUCGUUAUCCUCCUCGACAUCUUCGCUAAGCCAAAAUCCGAACGUGGUCAAAAUGCGCUAUCCGAAUGGCUGUCAGAGCGUUAAGAACGGGUCAAGUGCACAUUAUCAGCCGUUGUACAACAGCAACAAGAUGACAAACCCAACCGUAACUAUAGUCUGAUUUAGAUACCAGUUUUCAGUUUUGUGAAUCCAUCUAAUUUGCCGUCGCAAGUCUUCUGGGAAAACAGCGCUCUAAACAACAGAAACCAUAAUUGUGAAAACAAAAUAGACCUAGUACAAGAUCUUAAUUAAAUGUAAGCGGUUAACGUAUAUUUGCAUCUUAGCCAAGAGCUCUUGAUUGGAAAACCAGUUUAGUAAAAUAUUUGCUUGUAAGGAAUGUACUUUAAAUAUCUCCAUAUAUGUAUAUCCAUUGCUUCAAUAUAAUGUUUAACUAAAUUUAACCGUCUCUUUUGGCUUUCAAACCAUAUUUUGUUAGCCAUGAUAUAUGAUAUCGCCAAUCUGCGCAUUUUCAAGAGCCUCCAAAUGAAAUGCCCACAAGCACAAAUCUUUAAACUGUGCGUUUAGUGGUAUAUACUCUUUAUAUUAUAUAUGUAUAAUCUAAAAUAGAUCUUAGUAAAUUUUGAUUGUUACUUGUUUUUGCUUAAGUUUUAGUGUCUAAGUUAGUGAGUUUUUCUUAAUUUCAAUUUUCCUGUAAUUUGUACAAUAUGAGCUAUGAUAAAUGUCUAAACCACUCUCGCUGGAAGAGGAAUCAUUAAUAAGAGCAAAAAGAAUAUUUUUUCUUCAAGAGCACAAUAAUCGUCAAGUAAUAACCCCAUAUUAUAUAACGUAUACUUUAUGUAAAACCACUAUUAAAGAGUUAUAGAAAGUACCUAUCAAUAGAGAAAGAUAAA